AACCCCGGCGGGGAGACUCGGCCCCGAAAGCGGCGGCAGUUGGAGGUGGCUGCUGCAGCCGAUGUGGCCUCAUGGAUGAACUGGUACAUGACUUAGCCUCAGCCUUGGAGCAGACAUCUGAGCAGACUAAGCUUGGUGAACUGUGGGAGGAGAUGGCCCUGAGCCCCCGGCAGCAGAGGCGUCAGCUUCGAAAACGGAGAGGCCGGAAGCGCCGUUCAGACUUCAGUCACCUGGCAGAGCAUACCUGCUGCUACAGCGAGGCCUCUGAGUCGAGUCUGGAUGAGGCCCUUAAGGACUGCCGAGAAAUGGCCCCCGUCACCAAUUUUAGUGACUCUGAUGACACAAUGGUUGCCAAACGGCACCCAGCUCUCAACGCCAUUGUUAAGAGUAAGCAACAUUCUUGGCAUGAGUCUGACUCCUUUACUGAAAAUGCACCUUGUCGACCGCUCAGGCGGCGGCGGAAGGUGAAGCGAGUGACAUCAGAGGUGGCUGCCAGCCUUCAGCAGAAGCUCAAGGUGUCCGAUUGGAGCUAUGAGAGAGGCUGCAGGUUCAAGUCUGCUAAGAAGCAGCGUCUGUCACGCUGGAAGGAGAAUACUCCCUGGAGCUCAUCAGGGCACGGGUUGUGUGAAUCAGCAGAAAAUAGAACUUUCCUGAACAAAACGGGGAGGAAAGAAAGGAUGGAGUGUGAAGCAGAUGAGCAAAAACAGGGCUCUGAUGAGAACAUGUCCGAAUGUGAAACCAGCAGUGUGUGUAGCAGCAGUGACACAGGGCUCUUUACCAACGAUGAAGGACGGCAAGGGGAUGAUGAGCAGAGUGAUUGGUUCUAUGAAGGAGAAUGUGUCCCAGGAUUCACUGUCCCUAAUCUGCUGCCCAAGUGGGCUCCUGAUCAUUGCUCUGAAGUAGAAAGAAUGGAUUCUGGAUUGGAUAAACUUUCUGAUCCCACGUUCCUUUUACCUUCUCGGCCAGCUCAAAGAGGGUACCAUGCUCGCUUGAAUCGUCUGCCUGGAGCUGCAGCUCGAUGCCUCAGAAAGGGGCGAAGAAGGCUUGUUGGGAAGGAGACCAGCAUAAGUACUUUGGGUACUGAGAGGAUAGGCCAUAUCAUCAGUGACCCUCGGCAGAAAGAAAAGAAUAAAGCGUUGGCUUCUGAUUUUCCUCACAUUUCUGCUUGUGCACAUGAGUUUAAUCCCCUCUCCCCUCUUUACUCCCUGGAUGUUCUUGCUGAUGCUUCUCACCGAAGAUGUUCACCAGCCCACUGCUCUGCCAGACAGGCAAGCAUACACUUGGGACCCCCGUGUUCACGUGACAUCAAGAGGAAACGGAAACCUGUGGCCACAGCCUCUCUGUCCAGCCCAAACACAGUUCAUAUGGAUGCAACGGAGCCCACCACACUGGCAUUGCAGGCCCAGAAGUCUGCAAACUCUGAGUGGUUGGUCAGGACCUCUGUCGCGGAGAAAGCCACUGACUCAGCUGCAGCUACAUUUUUUAAAAUGCCACAAGAAAAGAGCCCCGGAUACAGCUAGAGAGCAGUAUUUCAACCGCCGGGAGCCAACUGGGUGUUGUUGAAACAAAUAUUAGACUUUAUGUUAUAUAGUCUUGCAUAUCUUAAUUGACAUUCCCAGUCCUUUCACCGCCAGGACUGACUCCUCUUCAGACAAAGCAGUGGACUCUUUCUCUUAGAAGAUCAUGUUGUGGAAAUCUGUUGUUGUUUUUUUUAAAUUGUAAAGUGUUGGGGCAGCAAUUUUUGUAAAAAAAAAGUCAUCCUAUGCUAUAUUUGUUACAUUGCUAUUGCUGUCCCAGCAGUUACCUGCAGCUCCGUUUACCGAGCUGUUGGUUUUUUGCAGGUAGGUCUUUUUUCUUGAAAAGCUAGUAACUGCUUUUGCGUAUUUUUUGUGUAGAGCUUUUAAUAUCAUUUGAGGAAAUCCCAAAUUUGCCGCCAGUUCCAGACAAAUUUAAACACUGAGUUAAGACCUGUGUGUGGGAUUGUUUGCGGGAGGUAAGACUUGCCUUUGAGCCUGGUCUUGAUAGACUCAGAGUACCAAUGAGAUAAAUCCACCAAGUUCUCAAUUUGGAGCCUCAGAAGAGACACCAGCAGCAUGGGCCUUGGGAACUCCUUUCAUUUUUCUAGGUGGUCUAAUGGGGUCGCCAGCAGCUGCGCUGUACUUUGCCUCUUCUCCAAAGUUCAUAUUCUACCAAAAGAGGACCUACUGUAAUAUAUAUACAGAUUGGUGGAAUGAAGACGGUGGUUUAGGUGUACAGCAAACUUAAAAUAGUCAGUGGGUUGUGUCUUAAUACUUCAUGUUGCAGUGUAAGCCUUUAUGUACUAACCGGGACUUUUAUUGUUAGUAUUAUAGGUCAGUAACCUACAGCAGAAAUUCAUACUCUAUUAUAAUAAUGGCUUCGGGGGCCAUACUUUGGGGAGGAAAAAUGACUUUUUGACAUGCCUUUAUACUUGGCGUGUUUAUGAUGGCUCAGCUGCCUGUAGAGUUAUAUAUACAGCCAUGCCUGAAGUUGGAUGCUAUUUUGUCAAAAUGAGGAAUAAGUGACUGCCUAGAGCUGCUGGAGAAAAGCCACUCUUUCUGAAAAAGUAUUAUCAAGAGUGUCUGUCAUCCAGGGGCCUGGUUGACAGAAGGGCUUUUUUUUGUACGAAUUGAGUGCUUUUACUCUGAAAUGUAUAGAAGCUGUUCUCUAGGUGCCCGCUGCUCUGGUAAUGUGCUAGAGGAACUCCCACUCCUGCGCUUGGUUAUUUUCUCUGCUUAAAUAGGUGCUGAGUAGGACAGAGCCUCUUUUCCCUGAAGCCGAGUUAUCCCUUUUUCUCCCACAGAAUGUAGUGGUGAGCUGCUCUGUUGUGUUCCCUAUUUUCCUUAUCAGUGCUAGUUCCAGAAUUCCCUUGUCAGUGGGUGGGUGUGAGUCUGUUUGGAAAGGGGGACUUGAAGCUAAGUUUACAUGGCAUUUUGUGUGGACUGAGAACAUGUCAAUUGUCCUUAAGAAGGAAUCGGGUGGAGGGAGGGGCAGAUGGAGGUUAUGGGGUGAGGAGUAGUGCUAAAGCCAGCCCACAUCCCUGGGAGCCACCCUGGUUCUCAUGUCGUAGUGCAUGUACUUCCCUUCCCUGUGGGCUGCACCCGGCAAUAUAGAAAAUAUCAUGUCUGUUGAACAUAGAAUGGCACUACUGAAUUGUUUUAGUGAUGAAGGCAGGUUUUGCUGUCUAUGUGCGUUCUUACCUAGUCCCCAUGGUAUCCUGAGGCACACAUUUCUAACGUAAUUUUUUGGAUUUAAGAGAGAAACCCAUGGACAUAAUUUUGUUAUCUUUGCAUAAAGCUCUGUGGCUCAUGCAGAGAUUGGUCCUGUCUGUGUUCAUGGCUUGUUAAGACCUCUGCAGUUUAGGUAGCAUCUUUUCUUCAAGACAUGUUGUCUAAUAGUUCUCCUUUCUACCUGUGAUGAAAAACAAUUUAUAUAUACAACUUUAUUUACAUUUUAAACAUCUCUAUGAUAUAAAGAUAGGUGACUGGAGCCACUUACAGAGACAAGAACAGUCACAGAGUGUAGUGACUUGCCCAAAAUCACAUAAUCAAGCCAAGACUGAAAUCCCAGACUUGCACUUUCUCUGCCCUGGGUUAUAAUCUUGUUUUUCAUUGAUAGACCUGAGUCACUCUGAGACCCAUAUUUUUGAAACAGUAUGCCGUGAAUGUUUAUCAUCUUUCUUGGGCAUGCUUUUCUACAUGUUGUGAAUACUUUCAACAGGGAUCACCCCAAAAUGCCAUAUCUACCUGUAAUAAGUGGGGAACAAAAUUAAUUACCUAAGAGAAUAGCCGUUAAGCACACAAAUACUUUCUAACACAAGGUUGUAAACCAUGCUUGUCAUUUUAAGCUGCUGCGUGAGCAUGCUUACAGAAUUAUUAAUCAACUUAUUCUGCUGGUUUUUUGUAUGAAUUAAUUCCAGAGGAAUAACCUUAGAAUCAAGUGUAAUUUGAAUCUUAAAUUUUAAAUUUCCUUUUUAUACAGCAAAGUGUGUAAUGUCAUAAAUUAAGAAAAAUCUGUUGCCUUUCAACAAAAGAUGUAAUUUCAAAAUCAGGUUUUGUAAUCUAUUCAGAAAACUCGGGUAGUAUGACUUCCUUUGAGGAUAAUCAUUGAGCUUCACAUGUAUUUGUUCUGCACAAAAAUAAUAACUGAAGCUGAGUUCCACAAUUCUUACUUAUUUCAGGGUUCUGAUUUAUCCCAGCUGGCCACACAGUCUUCCUGUCUGAAUCCUAAUCUUGUGUAUUUUCCACAAUGGAUGGAAGUCAAACCAUCAUCUACUUGCAUGAGCAUCAUUCGUAAAAGUUAGUUUUGCUUAUGAGCUUAAGGGAAUUUGAGAUUACUUUUUAGAUGCAGUAUUUUAAAGGGAGCUCUUCAUUUGCAUCAGAACUCUUGUUUUGCUUUUUGGUAAGAACUGUUCGGAAUAGGAAGUUAGUAGCUCUUUACAUAAUGCCAAAUUUGGGAGACAGAGAGUAUGAUCUUUAUGGAAUGGGUGUGCUUGACAAAUAGGCCACAUUUAGUCUUGAAUUCUUUAGAAAUAAAAUGCAAUUGAAAAUUUCAUGAGACAUUUUUUUGCUGGGCUAUGAAACAGGCUGCAAACAAGGCCCUUUUGGCAACAAAAAUGACCAUAAGCUGAAAUAAAGCUUCUUAAUCUCUGAUGCUUGUAGCAUCCUUUGCUAAGUAAAGCUCAACACCUAGGACAGGCAAUUAAACUAUUUAUGAAUCCCAAAUAGAUGAAUCUGAUAUGUCUUUGCAUUUUGGAAUCAAAAACACAAUCUAGACCACAGCAUGGCAAGUUCUCAUGCUGCGACGUAAAGGAGCGGAGUUAUCACAAAGGUCACUUAGAGCUGAACAAGUUGUCAAGUGUUGUGAGAGAGCAGCGAGGCUGCCGCUGUCAUUGCUGAUGUGAUGGGUUCUCCACUUUGGCUCCAGGCGAAGGCUCCUGGUGAUGCAUGAUUCAUUUCAGGUCUUUGCUUUAUUUAGGCUUCAUUACCAUGGUUCAGAGCCACACGCUUUUUGUUUCCUGGGGAGAAAGCUGUAUAAAAAUCUCAGCAUUAGAUGCCGUGUUCAGUGUUUUGUAUGUCUGGUGAACCUUAUCUGGGCUGGGAUGAGAACAGAGUGGUUUUCUCUAGCAGCUGUGGAUGCAGUCUGGUUGGGGCAUGGCUUACAGGAUGUGUCAUGGUUCGUGGGAUGGCGGGAAGGAUGGUAGCAACAGUCUGCUCUUGCUGUCAGCUGCUUCCUUUGUUAAUGUUCGAGCUGCCCAUUUUAUUUGUCAGAAUUUCCUUAUUUCCCUCUCUAGUCAUGACAGUUAGUGGAGUCACUGAUGGUAACAGCAAUCAGGAUGGGUUCCUGCCCCAUCAGAAAAUAGGUACAGAAGGAAAAUGUGAGGCAAUUGGUGGGUUCUGCUAUUAGCAGUAAACGCAAGUGGUCCAGAGAUGCUUUCACCCACAUUAAGAUCACAAAACCGAUGAACAUCAAAUGCCUGGAAACAGCAACAUGAAAAAGAAACAAGGGAAGUGAGUAAUAUAGCUGAAGAGUGCGGAUUAUAAGGUUUAUAACGAGUCCAGCAAAACAAAUAUAUGGCCAAAAGAAGAAAUUUUCCUACCAUUGCAAAUAGACAUAAUCAGUACUUGGUAAAAUUGCCAGAUUAGGGGAAUAAAAAAUUUUCAAGCAUAGUAUUGAAGAAUGGGGCCAAUCCUGAAGAUGUUCACCAAGGAAAGCAGUCUUGGCAAGGUCCAGAAGUGGGAAGGCAAGGGGACGAGAACGGGAGAUGCUUAAAGCAGGGGUGGUAGGGUCCCUAGAAUGACAGCAUCAGUACAUUCUCGCCCCACCAGGCCUGCAGAAUCGGACUCUGAGGGUGGGCCAGCCAUCUUUCACAAGCCCUCCAGGGGACUCGGGUGCACGCUGAUGUUUGAAAACCACAGGCUUUGCCACAGUUAAAAAGUUUUAAUAUACUGAUAUCCCCCUAAGCUCUGAGGUGCUCUUAUAUUUCCCUCCGUAAGUGUAGAGAUGUUUCGUAUAUGAUUCUUUGCAGAAACUUAUUGUCUUUGUUUCCCUACUUUUUCCCUCAACCUCUUGAAAGAUCCCCUGAAAAUAUUGAGAAAAAUGAUGUGGAGAAAAAUGCCAUUGUGGCCAUAUUUAGAUGGAUGGAAACAACUUUUUAAAAGUGGAUUAAAAUAUAACAAUGAA